GAAAAGGAUAGCAACAGUUGCCUCGAGACCCUCACGCGCCAUAGUGACUGUAGUCGUGGAGACAGUUACCAACGGGAGCAACACGCAGCAACAGCAGCAGCAGCAACGGGAAAAGUGAGUGUGUGAGAGAAAGAGGACAGCCAGGGCCGAACUAAAGAGAAGGCAAAGUGUUCAGCAUGCAGAGCUCAGAGGGCGGGUCUGACUCCGCCUCCACCGUGGUGCUGCACACCUCCACCUCCGUCCAGGCCCCCGUGGUGCAGCCCGUCCCGGCCUCCCAGCAGGUCCAUCAUGUGGUUCAGCACGUGUACCCAGUCCAAACCCAGUAUGUAGACGGAGGGGAGGCCGUCUACCCCAACGGAACCAUCCGGGCGGCCUACUCCUACAACCCCCAGGCCCAGCUGUACGCGCAGUCGGGCGGGGGCGGCUACAUGGACGCGCAGGCCGGGGGGGGCGGCGGCCAGGUGACCGCCGUGGUGUCGUCGGCCAGCGUUCCCUCCCACGGCAUGGCGGGCGUCUCCAUGGAGGCCAGAGGCGGGCAGAUCAUCUCCGGCGGCAACGCUUACAUCAUCCACAGCGGCUCGGCCGAGGGCAGCCGCCACCACACCUCCCGCUCCUCCUCUGCAAUGCUGCAGUGGCUGCUGGACAACUACGAAACGGCGGAGGGGGUGAGCCUGCCGCGCAGCUCCCUGUACUACCACUACCUGCGCCACUGCCAGGAGCAGAAGCUGGACCCCGUCAACGCCGCCUCCUUCGGCAAGCUCAUCCGCUCCGUCUUCAUGGGCCUGAAGACCCGCCGGCUGGGGACCAGGGGGAACUCCAAGUACCACUACUACGGCAUCCGGCUGAAGCCCGAAUCCCCGCUCAACCGCUUGCAGGAGGACUCCCAGUACAUGGCCAUGAGGCAGCAGUUUGUGCACCAGAAGCGCAGGUACAAGCCGCUGCAGAGGAUGGACAGCAUGGGCGACGGCCUGUCCGGCGGCCCCCAUCACCUGAGCAGCCCCCCCGAGCAGUCCGAGUCCUCCCAGAGCCAGCACCACCAGCAGUACAUCGAUGUGUCCCAUGUCCUGCCCCCGUUCCCCUCCCCGGACCCGGGCUCGCACCCCCUCCCCGACGGCAUCGCGGCGGGCGACCUGAAGAAGCUGCAGAGCCUGUACCGGGACCACUGUGAGGCUACUCUGGACGUGGUGAUGAACCUGCAGUUCCACUACAUCGAGAAGCUCUGGCAGACCUUCUGGUGUUCAGCAGCGCCAUCUAGUGGCAGAGCCACCCCACUGCCUGGCAGCGAGGGGGAGGCAGACGGCGCCCUGUCCCAGGAGACGCUGGUGGCCCUGUGCCACUACGAGCCGGUGACGCAGUGGAUGCGCAGCUGCGACCACGUCCUGUACCAGGCCCUGGUGGAGAUCCUCAUCCCCGACGUGCUCCGCCCCGUCCCCAGCACUCUCACGCAAGCCAUCCGCAACUUUGCCAAGAGCCUGGAGGGCUGGCUGACCGCCGCCAUGAGCCACUUCCCCCAGGAGAUCGUCCGUACCAAGGUGGCAGUAGUGAGCGCGUUUGCGCAGACGCUGCGCAGGUACACGUCUCUGAAUCACCUGGCUCAGGCGGCCCGGGCGGUGCUGCAGAACACCUCACAGAUCAACCAGAUGCUCAGCGACCUCAACCGAGUGGACUUCACCAACGUGCAGGAGCAGGCCUCGUGGGUGUGCCAGUGUAAUGAGGCCAUGGUGCAGCGCCUGGAGCAGGACUUUAAGGUGACCCUGCAGCAGCAGAGCUCUCUGGACCAGUGGGCGCUCUGGCUGGACAGCGUGGUCAAUCAGGUCCUCAGGCCCCACGAGGGCAGCCCCAGCUUCCCCAAGGCUGCGCGCCAGUUCCUGCUCAAGUGGUCCUUCUACAGCUCCAUGGUGAUUCGGGACCUGACCCUCCGCAGCGCCGCCAGCUUCGGCUCCUUCCACCUCAUCCGCCUGCUCUACGACGAGUACAUGUUCUACCUGGUGGAGCACCGCGUCGCCCAGGCGACCGGCGAGACGCCCAUCGCCGUCAUGGGAGAGUUCAGUGACCUCAGCUCUAUGACCCUCAUGGAUAAAGACCCGUCUCACUUCCCUGGCGAUAUCGGGGAUCUGAGCAGCAACGGAGACGCGUCCAGGGACCCCGGGGAACUGCCGGUCAAGAGGGAGAGGAUCGAGAUCAGCCACUCGCUGCAGGAGAUCUGAGACCCGCCCACCCCACACCCCCC